AUGCCCAAGAAGGACCCCGACGUGCUUUGGCUUGAGCUCGCCGAGCAAACGAAGCUUCCUGCGCUGGAGGCUUCGCUGGGCGCUCUCCAUGCUGCGGGUGCCGCUGCAGAGGCCAAAGUUUCGCCUCCUGGCUACGUGCGGUAUUGGACAGGCCAGCGGACGGUGCCCUACAUGCUGCGCUUCUUCGAAGAGUCAACGUGUGGCUUGGCUCAGCCCCUGCUCGUUGCGCUGAGGGUGGAGCAGCUUGUGAGGUCGCCCUUUGUCGACCCCCGCGGCGAGGAGCUACUUGCCGUGCUGCUGCGCUACCUCUGUGGCGAUGGCGCUGGCCUUCGUGCAGUCAUGCACUGCUGUGAUGGGGAGACGGCUUUCGCCGCUCUGUCGGGUGACCUGGUUCCGUCCGUGGCUGCGGCGGAGCUCGAGGAAGCGGAUGCCUCGGCAACAGUUUUCGUGCUCGAGGGCGAGGUAGACCCAGAAGAGGAUGCGGACAACCUCCGGGCGCGUCGCACCUGGCAGAUGGACCAGGUGCUUAGCCACCCGGCUGUUCUCAACCUCCGCACAAAGCAUGCGGAGCAUGACACCGCCUUUGCGGUGAUCCUUUGGGAAACGAUCCGGUACAUCCUCCGGCGGCCGCACUUGACGGUGUCGUGUAGUGCCAAAGAGCUCGAGCACCCGGUGGUGCAGGCUUUGCUUUCUGUGAACCUCCUCGUGCCCCGCUGGUCGCCCACACGCCUCGUGGUGCCGGAUGACGGAACUCGGCACUUCCUGCAGGAGUGGAUCAACAGCCAGCAUGCCAAGCUGUCCUGGCCCUCCAGAGCCGAGUACAACAUCCAGGUGACGAGCCUUGAGGCCACAUCGGGGAAGUGCUUCUGCUUACGAGCAGCUGCGCUUGCUUCUGAUCGCCAAACUGGCCCCAGCGCGGCAUCAACCAACACAGCAGUGCCCUCGGUCGCAGAUGAGGAGCUGGUGACGCGGUUGACGGACGUGUCUGAAAUCAAGCAUGGCCAGCGUGUGUUCUGCGCUGUCCUGGCUGCCUUUGGGACAUGCCAAGAGAAAGGACGAAUCAGAGCCUUCUAUGGCAUCAUUGAGGGCGCGGUGAAAACUCGUGUUCAACGGCAAUGCGAUGCUCGUGACCAAGAGGAGAAGGAGGAGGGUACCACGCCACUCGACUUUUCUGUGGCGAAGUUGGCCCCGCGUUUCAAGAAGCAGGUGGUUCUUUCCACGCCCCAAAAUGGUGGUGCAGAAGAGGAGCUGCCGGAGUUGCCAUCGUUGCUCAGAGGGCGCAAGGCGCGGCAGAACAUUGAUCGACAAGUACCACAGCCCAUCGAGGUGCCCCCUGUGAAAAAGCACGGGAAGUUCCAGUGUCCUCGAGCCGGCCAAAUAGUGGGGCCUCGACGACCUGAAAAAAAGUUUGGCGGGCGCGCCACUGCCGGCUUCGACUGA